CCCAUCGUGCUUCCUGACAUUCCGCUGGUGUUUUUUUUCCUUGGGUGUUUGGAUUUUUCUUUGUAAAACUACGCCUCGGUGGAUGAUUAAUCGUGAAUUAAAUUAGUGGUGUGGACACAAGAAAACACGCUCAACCAUGGCAAAGAUGGCUUUUCAGCACCAGGCGGGCACGGCGAUGGAGUGCCUGAGUAUCCCCAUCACGCUGCACAAGGAGCAGGACAUUGAUGAGGAAGGGCGUGAAAUCCUCAAGUGCGGCUUUAAGAUUGGGGGCGGAAUCGACCAGGACUACAAAAAGAGCCCUCAGGGAUAUACAGACAAUGGCAUUUACGUGACGGAAGUCCAUGAAGGUAGUCCGGCUGCAAAGGCAGGCCUUCGGAUCCAUGAUAAGAUCCUCCAGUGCAACGGCUAUGACUUCACAAUGGUGACCCACAAGAAGGCUGUCAGCUACAUCCGGAAGAAUCCUGUGCUGAAUCUCCUAGUGGCUCGCAAGGGAGUCACCUCUACGUAAUUCUGUGCCACAAAUCAUCAUUCACUCGCACUUUCCCACAAAUCCCCUCACAAACAUACAUUCUGCCAAAAGUCCUGCUCCCCAUUUUUCCUCCAUUAUUGCUGACUUGCAGCUCACUUUUUACACUCAUCAUUCCAAAUAUUUUAGAUAUUGCAUUUUAUGUGAUAAGAGAUUUUUUAUCAAAGUGUACGAAUUAUUAUUGAUUUUACAAACAAUUUAAAUACAUGUUUUCACAUGCCAUAACU